CGCCUCGAGAAUUUUGAGGUUCUCCAUUCAACUCUAACUUAAAGUGCGUUUUGCGAUUCUGGCUCUAACACCCACGUUUUUUUUAACAUUUAGUAUUAAGCAUCACUUAAGGAAUAUUUAAGAAAGGUGGCUGUACGUUUAAAAUUUGGGUGUUACUUCGUUUCCAACUUUACUCUUCAUCACUCACUUUUGAACUUCACCUUUUUUUCGAUGUGAUAUUUUCGAUCCGAAGCUUCGCCCCGAAAUGCCUAGUUUCCGCCUUGCCGAGUGCCUCGUGUUCGUGGUCCAUAUCGCGGAGGCCCCCGACCGGACUAAAACGAAUCCGAACUCGAAAGGACUAUCGGGCUACAUUCUAACCCCAAACCUUGGUCGCGAAUUUCUGGAACCUCUGCUCUUGUUAACGGAUCGAAGUCAGUUCCAAUUACUGGCCAGCAACGAAGAAUGCCCGCAAGAACUCGCUGCAGCCGCCAAGAACGAUCUGGUCGCAAUCAAGAACUUCCACAUCGACUUGCAACAUCUCCAAUCAACCGAACUACACAUCGUUUCACAAGCCGUUUCCCGGUGUAAACUCCUCCAGGAAAUUUUCCCGAGCCGCCAGUCCGAUUACACUUGGGAAUACCGCACGGAAGACGCGGAUUGGUCCCCAGUCGCCGAGCAGACGCAAAGCGUCUUCCGCGAUGAGGCCUGCAUGAGAUUCAUCUCCAGAGUAGUCGAGGUCAACCCGAACAUCCCGUACUGGAACCGAGAGGGCGAGACGUUUCUGCAUCUAGCCGUUUUCAAGCGGUGCGUCCCGCUGGUCCAGUUGCUUUUGAAGCACGGCGCCAAGACGGACAUAAGGAAGUCGGAUAAAUGUGACACGGUUCUUCACACAGCGAUGAGAUCUCGCGAAUCCUCCUCGAUCUUUCGACUCCUGCUAGAGCACGGAGCAAACCCCAAUGCCGCCAGCAACGGAGACAGCCCGUUACAAUUCGUCCUCAGGGGCGAUUCGCGCAGUGUCGACGAGUUGAAAUUGCUCCUGGAUCACGGCGCGGACGUCAAUGUGGAUUUCGAACCGGGCGCAAUACAAAUGGCUGCCCGGAGAGGUUCGGAGUUCUUAGCUUGUGUUUUGAGCUUCCGGCCCGAUUUGAGCAUUCCUCGCAAUAAGGAUGCGCUGCGCGCUUUCUUGAAAGGCCCUCUGAAGGGGGGAGACGAAAAGAAACUCGACCUCUUUUUCGAGAACGGUUUCGACCUGGCGCCGGAGGACGCUUCGGACACGCAGCUCUUCUUCAGCGUCAUCCAGCUCGCUCGCCACGGCAUCGUCGAGAGGCUCUUGGAGUGGGGAGCCAGCGUGAGGGAGCGGGUGGCCGGCUUGACGGCGCUCCACGUGGCGGCCAAACACGCCGGCGCGGACUCGGUUCGACUCCUGCUGGACCACGGCGCAGACCUGAACGCCCGCAGCUCCACCGGGAAGACACCCCUCGCGCUCGCUAUUUUCGUGGGAAACGUCGAGGCCGCCAAGUGUCUUCUGGCCCGCGGACCGGAUCUGGAGGGUCUCCUGCACGAGGCGGCCGUGACGUACGCGGCGCCGAGGAACACUGUGGAGAUCGUCAGAGCGCUCGUCGAGGCCGGUGCCGACGUGAAUGCUCGCGAUUGUACGGGACGCGCACCCAUCGCGGAGGCCUCCAGGUUGUGCCGGGUGGAGGUCGUGGAGGAGCUGAUGCGUCACGGAGCCCGGUUGGAUUUCGGGAGCGAAGCCGUGCGGGACGAUCUCCGCACGGCCAUAGAGCUUGGGUCCCUGAGCGCUGUCGAGUUCUAUCUGAAGAACGGGGUCCAGUUGAAAGGUGGUGUGAUGGAGGCCGUCGAGGUCGCGGUCUUCGCGGGCCGCCGGGCGAUGGUUCGGUUCUUCCUGGAGUUGGACGACUCGAUGCUCGAAACUACGGACGUUCUCGAGAAGGUCGAAACGGUCGGGAGAGUUGUCGGUGGGGAAAACCUACCGACUGUGGGGAAGGACAUUCUUGAAUACGGGUACUUACGUCUCGACCUCGUGUGUAAAGUCUUAGCGAGGUGUCCAUCUUCGUGCUCCAAACGGGGAAGACUCGCGGGCUCGACCGAUGUGGUGUGGAAGCACGUUCGGGCGUUGAUGGCUGCGGAACUGACGGUGAACCAACGGGAAAAGUGCGAGUUGCCGGUUGGGGUACCUGAAGAAGCCGCCGCCGGCGAGGGCUUGCGGCUGGAAGUGCGGUCCAUGAAGGCCACGAAGAUCGGAGACUCCGACGUGACGUUCUACGACGUUCUGGACUCGUCGCUGUCGGAGGUCGCGCGUCUUCUGCGGAACGACGGCGUCGUGAGGGUUCUGGAAGGCGGGGGUUUCGGGGAGGGGUUCCCGGCCUACGUCGGUAUGAUCGCGAAGCGGUUCCGCAAGGCCGUCUUCCGGAAGACCCUGGCGGAGCGCGGGGUUAGGAUGCUCGAGGCUCUGUGCGCGCACCUUCCCGAGCUCCCGCUCGAAGUGAGGGAGAAGAUCGUGGGGUAUCUGGACAAUCGGAAUCUGUAUGUUCUGACGAACGUGGUGUCCUUGAAAGAGGUGGGUGUGCAGGCUCAAGAAUGCGGGUAAACGCGAGCAGAGAUCAGGGUUAGUUGCCACAAUCAGGGAAUACCGGGAAAUGUCAGGGAAUUCUAAAAGGUAGGGAAAUCAGUGGCGU